AUGGCGCUCGCGCUGCUUCCGCAGGCGCGCGACGCACUCCGCGCGUCGCCCGCGGCUUUUGCAGGCUGCAGCAACUACUCUGACUCUGGCGUCGACCACUUUAAUGACCCCCUCUUUGGCGAUGACGGCCUCAGCCCGGCCAGCCUCGGCGUCGUCACCGUGCUCUGCUGGAUCAUAACCUCGCUGGCCGUCUCGGCGGGCAUCGGCGGCGGCGGCCUCCUCGUCCCGCUCUACUUUAUCGGCCUCGACGUGCCGCAGACGCUUGCCGUCGCGCUGUCAAAGGGGACCAUCUUCGGAGUUGCGUGCGGCAACUUCGCCUUCCUCUGGUCGCAGCGGCACCCGCACGUUGACCGGCCGCUGAUCGACUACAAGACUGCCGUCUUCAUGCAGGGCGGCGAGCUGAUGGGCGUCGUCCUCGGAGUGCUCUUCAACCUGCUGCUGCCUCAGGCGAGAGGCGUCCCACGCAGAGUUGUCAUCAUCAUGCUCUCGGCGCUGGUGCUCGGCUUCAACGCGUACAAGACCAUCAAGAAGGGCAUCGCCAAGCGGGCUGCGGAGACGAAGGCCUUUGCUGCGCCGGAGAAGAAGGCGGCAAGGCCGGCCGGGGCGGGCGAGGGAGACGCGCCGCCUCCCACCCUGCGGCAGGCUGUCGCGCUCGAGGCGGAGGGCAAGGAGGGCGGCGACGGCAGCACCGGCGACGGCGCGUCGGAGGCUGGCACGUCCAAUGUUGGCUCGUCUGCCAACCUGGUCGCGCUCGAUGUGCAGGGCAACGAGGCGCUCAAGAAGAAGAUCCUGGCGGCGCAGGCCCGCCGCUUCCAGCCGUGGGCAUGGGCUCUCCUCGGCCCGAUGGUCACCUUCUUCGUCGUCUACUCCCUCCUCCUCGGCGAGAUCUUCGACCCAGACUUCACAAACUGCGUGGUGGGGUACUGGCCGGCCUACGUCUCCCCCUUCUUCUUCUACGGCGCAACCACGCUCUACAUGGCGCGCCGCAACAUCGCGGAGGGAGCUCGCAUGCUCGAGGCGGGCAUCGAGCCCGUCGCCGGCGACAUCGUCUGGUCGCGCAAGUCGGCGGGGAUGCUCGUCCCCGCCGCUGUCGGCGCCGGAGCCGCGGCGGGGCUGCUCGGCAUCGGCGGCGGGAUGAUCCUCGGCCCCAUCUUCGUCGCGCUCGACUUCCAGCCGCAGGUCGGCACCGCGACCACCGGCUUUAUGAUCCUCUUCACCGCGAUGGGCGGCACGGUAAAGUACCUCACCAUCGGCAAGCUCUCCUGGCAGAUGUUCCUCUGGUUCGCCGCCGUCGGCGCGGUCGGCGGCCAGACCGGCCAGCGGCUCGUGCGGCGGCUCAUCCAGAGGACGGGGCGGCCGUCGUACGUCGUGUUUUUGCUCGGAGGGAUCAUCGCCGUCGCCGUCGUCGUGAUGACCUCCUUCGGCAUCCAGCAGGCUGUCGAGGACGCCGACUGCGGGGAGGACAUCUGGGCGCCGUCGACCGACCAGUUUGUCUGCGAGGAGUAGCGACGCACGCGCGCGCCAGAGGAGGUUCGCUCUCCCCGAUGCCGAUGGCGCCCGAUGCCGUCGGGGCAAACGGUUCCAUGCAGCAUGAGAAACCAUGAAGAAGGCGAAAUACACGACGCCAAACCUAACCUGUCGUACCGGGGCGCGUGGGUUGACACGGUUGCGCAGCAUCCCGAUGUCCACACCCAGCGAACCCCCGAGAAAAAGUGUAUCUUGCCGGGGGUUGACCUUGCGUUUUGUUUGACGUGCGUGUACGGCUUUACGACACACCGUGCUCCGUCCGUGGCGUGUCGUGACUCGUGUACUGGGCACGCCGUCGGUCAGUGGGCCAGGCCCUCCCGCGCCUGCCUGCGCAUUCGCGUUCGAGAGGAACGACGUGAGCGAC